CGACGCCUGGCUGAUCACACGGGGGCAGUGAUGUAAGCAUGCAUCUGCUGUGCCGCCCCCGCGGAUGUGUGUCCCCUUUGUGAGGCACAGACGCCCUGGGGGGGUCACUGGCGCUCUGCAGUGCCCGUACCACUCACACCAUGGCACCGGCCUCCUGCGUCUCCACCAGCGUCUCUUCGUGCCCCAAGCUUUUUACCCAUGAUGCCUUUUGAUUGGGGGGGGGGCAUGAAUACGGUUUUAUUGCAGAAUUGCAGCUUUACAGAGACCACAAUUACUGUUUUUGCAGUUCUGUAAUUACCAAAGUGGACGUUAUAACUGUAAUAAACACAGCAGGCUUCCCCAGUGCUAAUAAUGCUGUCAUUCCCCCCCCCCCCCCCCCCACUUCUCCUGGUUCGAUCUGCAGUGCAAUUCCUGCCUGUGGUUCCUGUCCAGUACUGGGGCGUUUUGGAGACAGAUGUAGCCCCAGCAGCCUUGGUGGGUGGGGCUUAGGAAUCGCUCUGUGCCGCUGCCCCCUACCCAACGUGAUGCCUGGUGCUAAUUGGGUGGGGGUGUGGCCUUGCAAAUAUGACCCCGCCCACAAUCUGCAUAGCUGACAGGGGGCGAGAGUAGCAGACCGGCCCUGUUUGUUUGCUGGCGUUCCCUUACUUCCUGCUUUGUGUACUUACCCGCCGUUUGCUCCAAGUGGAGAGGAUGGCAGCGAGCCCCGAGGUGACCAGUGACGCUGAGAUGGCGGAGUGCAGUGUAGCCCCGGUGGCCAUGGAGGACAGUGACCGCGAGGCUGGGUACCAUUCGGAUGACCAGCAUCUUAGCCCGGAGUCACCCGGAAAUGGCCAAGACCCCCGAACCACACAGCCACCCAGCAUGUCCAAGGAAGAUUCGGAGGACUCCGAGCUGGAUUGCAUCAUAGGAGACCUCCCGUCCAGCAGGGGGCACCCUGUCCCCAGCCAUGAACCGCCGGGAGACAGGGACGCAAAGGCCCUGGACACGUCAGCCCUGUUGAGGCCCCCCGUUUCAGGCAAAGCACGUGGGGAGCCCAACUCGGAGCAGGAGAGAAGGUCCAGGUUUCAUCCGGCCUCUGCGGACUUUAACCAACCUUCUCCUGUCAGUCCCUCAAGGCCCAAGAGCCCCUGGGGAUGCCAUGACCCCUACGACUCCGCAGAGGAUCAGGAUAAGGAGUAUGUUGGCUUCGCCACGCUCCCGAACCAGGUACACAGGAAGUCUGUGAAGAAGGGCUUCGACUUCACUCUCAUGGUGGCAGGCGAGUCCGGCUUGGGAAAAUCCACCCUUGUCAACAGCCUGUUCCUCACGGACCUCUACAAGGACAGGAAGCUGCUCAGCGCCGAAGAGCGCAUCACUCAGACGGUGGAGAUCACCAAGCAUACAGUGGACAUCGAGGAGAAGGGGGUCAAAUUGAAGCUCACCAUCGUGGACACACCCGGAUUCGGCGACGCCGUUAACAACACUGAAUGCUGGAAGUCUGUGGCAGACUACAUCGACCAGCAGUUUGAACAAUACUUCAGGGACGAGAGCGGCCUGAAUCGCAAGAACAUCCAGGACAAUCGCGUGCACUGCUGCCUGUAUUUCAUCUCGCCCUUCGGCCACGGCUUGCGCCCUCUGGACGUGGAGUUCAUGAAGGCCCUUCACGAGAAGGUCAACAUCGUGCCCGUGUUGGCCAAGGCGGACACACUCACCCCAUCUGAGGUGGCAAAAAAGAAGCUGAAGAUUCGGGAGGAGAUUGACCAAUAUGGGAUCAAGAUAUACCAAUUCCCUGACUGUGACUCCGACGAGGACGAGGAAUUUAAACAGCAGGAUCAGGAGCUAAAGGAGAGCAUCCCCUUCGCCGUCAUCGGGAGCAACACCGUGGUGGAGGCUAAGGGCCGACGGGUCAGGGGUCGGCUGUACCCCUGGGGCAUCGUGGAAGUGGAGAAUGCUGUGCACUGCGACUUCGUGAAACUGCGGAACAUGCUGGUACGGACACACAUGCAGGACCUGAAGGAUGUGACCCGGGAGACCCACUAUGAGAACUACCGGGCCCACUGCAUCCAGAGCAUGACCCGCAUGGUGGUGAAGGAGCGCAACCGCAACAAACUGACUCGGGAGAGCGGCACGGACUUCCCCAUCCCCAUGGUGUCCAACCUGACAGACAGCGAGACGGAGAAGCUCAUCCGCGAGAAAGACGAGGAGCUGCGGCGAAUGCAGGAGAUGCUGCAGAAGAUCCAGGAGCAGAUGCACACACAGAAAGAGGCCUACUGAACCCCUCCCUGGGGGGCUGCUCUCAGGAUCUGUUAUCCUUCACAAAAAGUUGCCCCUGCUUGCCCCCGAUGGCCCUAUCCAGCCCCCCCUCGUGUCUCCACCUUCCGCUCUCUCCCUUCCUGAAGCCUUCAUCUGUAGGGAGGAAGACGGCAGCGACGGCGGUUCCUGGGCCAUGUGGCUCCCUCUGCUGGGAGAAGCUGAGGAUGGUCCUGAAGGGUGGAGAUUCUGCGCUCGUCACCGGUGUCCCCAGGCCGGACACUGACACUGGGAUGGGCUUCCCCCACAUGCAUUUAAACCUCAUACUGAAAAAUCACUGUUAGAGGAGCAAAUAAGAAGCGUAUCUGUCAUUCCAGUACCUGCAUUAAUAAUUUCACAGAAGAGUGCUAAGUGUUAUCUGCUUACUUUAUAUCAUUUUAGGCUCCUUCAGCCUGGGUAGCUUCUUAUGAUCUAUGAUUUGUUUUUCUGUUCUCUUUCCCCUGUUCAUUCCCUGCAUAUUUCUGCUCCUUUGCACCGUCCACCACCUGCCCGUGCCCCGCCCACUCACUGUCCGUGCCCCGCCCACUCACUGUCCGUGCCCCGCCCACUCACUGUCCGUGCCCCGCCCACUCACUGUCCGUGCCCCGCCCACUCACUGUCCGUGCCCCGCCCACUCACUGUCCGUGCCCCGCCCACUCACUGUCCGUGCCCCGCCCUCAUCCAUGUUCCACACAGCUCACCUGUUCUCUGCUGAUGCAGAGCCCCCUGUUAUAACAUGGGUUAUAAAAUGUGGUGUGGGAAAUUGUGUGUGUAUAUGUUCUGCUAUAUUGGUUUUUGUUUUGCUUUGUUCCAGCUGCGUAGCACUGCAGAUAACAGCUUCUCCUGUGUCGUAUGUUUGUAUUCAUCAAGUGUUUAACCCCUCAAGCUAUAAUUUGAUAUUCAUGGAUAAUUUUUUUUCUCCAUAUUUUUAUCAGGUUCUUAAUUUUUUUAUUGUUUUUGUUUGUAUGGGUUUUAGGGGACAUGGGAGCACUUUAACUGAGCCUCGCAAAAGAAAAAUAAAGGGGACCUUAAAGUGUGAUAGGUGCCUUGUCGAGUGCCUGUCUUUAAAGCUCCUGUAACCCACAGGGCCUUCUGACCUCAUUUCAGACAGGCAGUGUGUUUGGACUGCUGCCAUGCCAAUGAGGGGGUUUAACAAUUUAAGGUGUUUUACCACUGAAAUUAGCUUUAAGCUGAAUUAUUGUACUAUUAAUUUUGAAUUCCUGGAAUGAAAAAUAAAAGCUGUCAUGAUACAUGUCACUUAGUAUGAGAGGAAAGCAAUUAAACAUGUAAUUUAAUAAAUAUGGGUAUGGAGAGUGUGGGAUUGGGGUUGAAUGAAUAAACAUUACAUGUAUGUGGUGCUUUGCAGAAGCAUUGGGGAGCCACUUCAUCCGCCACCACUAUCUAGAUGAUGCAAGAGCAGCCAUUGUGUGCCAGUACGCACCCCACACAGUAGCUGAAGGGGUGUAGUGGUUAGCACUGUUGCUAACCCGCCAUGACUGGAUAAUGCAGCUCCAUCCUGGGUUGCAGGAGGCUCCAGCCCAGUGGGUAAUUUUGCCCUUAUCAAAAGACACCCAGGGAUCCAUUAUGACCUGUUACUUUACAGCCCAGUACUCAAACAUACUUUACUGGCCACAAUAACACCCCUCCUAGGGGCAAUGCAGCUCUCCCAGCUGGUCACCCAUCCAAGUACUGGCCAGGCCCAAACCUGCUUAGCUUCAGAUGGAUCACUAAGUCUGACCUGCAGGUGCCAUGGCUGCUGACAUGCUAGAACGUCUAUCAGGAAGUUAAUGGAAGGACUUUAAUUUACAGAAGACCACAUGGCCAGUGUUUGCGGGCCCAGUCUUUUAAUACCAGUGUCUAUCUUCUCACCCAGAUCAAAAAUUUGCCCCAUUGAGCUUCUUCUGGAACGACAAAGUGUUUUUGUUUUACCAUUGCAUUUAAAAUGAUUAUGUAAUAACUAUAAAUUCAGAGGUUUUUUUUUAAAAAAAAACCCAAUAAAAAGAUAAACUGUCA